GUAAAUGUCGUACUGACUUUUGAUAAAAACGUGUUCAAAAAAUCUAAAUAGAUGGUCAGUCUCCAUUUUGCUAGGGCUUUCAAAUGAGAUAUAUAUGAGCACAAUCGGGGAACCAGCAGGUGCCGGCAUAAUGGCGGGGAUGUCGGCUCUUUUAAGCAGCAGAACAAUGAUCGUGAUUUUUUGCCCAUGUUUUUCGUUGGAGAAGAGGAAGAUAACAACAUAGAGUUUUCGAUAUUUAAAAUACAUGAUUUAACAAAAUUAUCAGUUCUGUUUUAUAUGAAUCAAAUUUUUUUAAUCUUUAAUUAGUUCUGUAGAAAAGCUUUUUGGUUUCGAAAUAUUUUAUUAGAAGAGUGCAAUACGGACAUCAUCAAGUAAAAACAUUUCUGUUUAAUUAUUCCUUUUGCAUGAAUAUCAGCAGCGUCAUUAGCUCACUGUAAUGCUAAUGCAGUAGACUGGUGUUGUUCUGUCAGUCAUAUAUUCAGCUUUUUACGUCCAGUGCUAUUACUUCCUUUCCUCAGGAUUUUUAUUGGCUGUCUUUAAAACGUCGUUAGAUGUUGAAAAAGCCUUUUUGCGGGCAUAAGGUACGAGUUUCAAAAUGGUUAAAUCAUGACGUAUAAAAAGACUAAAGUGUCUAAGUGCAAUCAUUGAGGGUACUGAUUGGUAGCUAAUUUGGCCAUUGCCAAUGUCUUGAGCGCCGACAUAAUAUGCAAAUAGACCUAGUUUAGGCAAAAGUGCAACAAUCAAUAUGGUGUUUGAUGACUCUGUUGUAGAAUCAAGUAAUUCAGCGGUCGGUUGUACUACGGCUAGUGAAAAAGUUGAACGAAACCUGACUGAUUUUCCUUCCCUUUACUUGCGAAUAUUUGAUACAGCUGGUUUAUCAGAGAGCGACGAAGGAGCAGUAACAACAAAAGAAGCAUUUAUUCAAUUGGUUAAAACAUUAUAUGCUGUUCAAGGCGGUAUACAUUUGUUAAUAUGUUGCGCAAGAAAUGGUCGUCUAUCAGGCCAAGCAUUUAAAUCUAAUUACAGAGUAUUUGUUGAAGGUAUAUGUGAAAGUUGUGUGCCGUGUAUUUUAGUUAUAACUCAUUGUGAUGAAAAUGAUGAACUUGAUUCGUUUUGGAAUCAGAAUAAAGAUACUAUUCUUACACAGUUAAAAUUUGAUUUUAAAGAUGGUAUUUCAGUAACAACGAAAAAGACUGGUAAAAAUGCAUGCAUAGAAGAUUAUAAUUUAUCGAGAGAAAAACUUAUUACAGCCAUUAUGGAUCACGCGUUGGAGAAACCGUGGCAGAUGGUUUCUUAUUUAAAAACUGUCGCUGUAUUUUUCAAGAAAGUCUGGAAUAGCCUCUCACGACGGCUCAAGUUUUUAUCUCAAGUGGGCCUACAAAGUGGUCUUGUUGAAAUGUUUGAAGUACUUGGAUGUUCCAAGGACGAUGCUGUGAAAGAAGCCAAUCAGUUGUACAAAGCUUUACAAGAACCUUCCACUUAG